AUGAUCGACAGCGAGAUCAAGGCGUUUACCUGGCUGAAGCUUCCCUCGGACAAAUAUGAUAUUGUGCCACAAGAAAGGAGGGUUUCAACCUGUCAGUUGGAGGUGUCUAUCGAUGUGGACGACCUCCUCAUAUGCGACCCCGUUGACAACAAGGAAAAGAUGGCGCCCCUCCGCGUAUUGAGUUUCGACAUCGAGUGCAACAUACCAGACAAGAGAGACCGAUUCUCAAGUCCAAAGUCGGACUCUGUCAUACAAAUCGCCAACAUGGUGACAACGUACGGUCAGGCCGUACCUUUUAUCCGCAACGUCUUCACUCUUGGGUCGUGUUCUGCAAUUUCUGGCACUCAAGUUCUAUCUUUCGAAGACGAAAAAGACUUGCUAAUGGCAUGGCACAAGUUUUUCGUCGAGGUCGAUCCAGACGUUGUCAUUGGUUACAACAUUACCCAAUUCGAUAUCCCAUACCUACUCUGCCGCUCUCGAACUCUAAAGUUGCCUGAAUUCCCUUUUCUCGGUCGUAUCAAAGCCUCUCCCCAAAGAAUGCCAGUGAGAGACAAGACGCUCUUUCUGGAGUGCCCGGGCUACGAAGGACGACUGAUUUUGGAUGUGUACCAUCAUAUUCGGGAACGGUUCCCAGACCUUCAAGGCGAGGGCAUUUACAAGCUCAAUGGGGUUUCCAUGCAUUUCCUUGGACAGAGGAAAGAGGACAUCGACUACUUGCAAAUACCCGCUCUACAGAAUGGAAACGCAGAUAGUAGGCGAGAUCUCGCUGUCUACUGCCUGAAAGACGUGUACCUUCCCCUGCUUCUGUUCGAGAAACUGAAAUGCUUGGAGACGGAAGUGAAAGAUACCAAGGAAGUCCAUGUACCUUUCAAUGUCAUGAGGGUCUGGAGACCGUGUAUCGAAAUCGCCAAACAAUGUCUGCAUGCAAUCCAGUAUCAGUAUGUAACGGCCGACAAAUAG